AUGGGUUGCACCGCUUUGCGCGCCUCGCCUGUGCAGCUGAUGGAGGGAGAGAGCUGUUCGCAGGAUGCACUGAAGGGUCGCCUGCAAGAGGAGAAGGAGGUUGCUUGGUACUUGCGGGGCACACCGGAUAGGUCGGCUGCAUAUUCCAGGUCCAUGGAAAGACAUGGGCUGGUGUCUUGGCAAUUCUGCUACUGUAGGGGCCGCAAUAAUUUGACUGGGGUUUUCGGGUAUAGUGGGUAUAGUACACCAUAA